AUGGCGGAUUCACAGCGAACAUCUGAGCCCGUCAACUUUGUGCAUCAAGAUGAAAUCUGGAAAGCACAUGUAAAAGUGGAGAAGGAUUCAGCCGAAGUCUGGCCCAACAAGUGGGGCUCCCUGACUGAGGCCUACAAGGAGUACGAGAGGGACAGUGUGAAGCUGAGGGAGGUGGUCAGAGAGGAGCCACCCAAUCACCUGCCAUCACAACCUCCGACUCCACCUGAAAAAUCCAUCCACGUUGCCCCCUCUCCUCCGGUUCCUCAGACCACUCAGGCCCUGAUUGGUUGGCGUUCAGCUCACUCACAUCUUCAUCUAGAAAAGUUUGGCACAGUGCAUCAUGGGAGGCGUAGUUUCCUGAAGGAGCUGGGCUGGCCUUUCGACGCUUGCAUCUGACUGGAGGCCACCGCUCUGUGUCGUAUCAGCUACUC